AUGCUAUCACUGCUCUUUCCCGCCCAUUGUCUCCUGCUACUAUCACAUGUUGGCUUAUCUCAGGAAGUAAAGCCCUUCGAUACCCAUUCCUUAUCUGUGUACCUCUCUAGUAAAACCAACAACAGUGAUAUUGCAAACGGCGUGCAUUACGAGAGGGGCGUUGAGGACGACUCAGCUGCGGCUAAAGGGUACUUCGAAGACUCACUCUUCUCGCGAGGAUGGGGGGUUUUGGAAAUCUGUACUUUGAAGACUCACUCUUCUCUCGAGGAUGGGGGGGUUUUGGAAAUCUAUACCAACGCCUCACAUACUGCGGAUGAACAGGCGUUUGCUGCCGGAUUCCUAGAGGGCUACAUCACUGGUGAACAUAUCGUCAACAACUUCCGCAAUCUUCGAGAUUAUUUUCUCGGAAAAGUUGAUGAACCCUUUCCCGACGUUGUGGUGGACUUCUUGAGAAGCCAAUACGUAUGGUUCGAACGGCAAGUGGCCACAGAUGAUAACGUCUACGAUGAUUAUUGGAAAACCGCCAAGUUCGUUCUGCAACAGUAUAAAGGAGAAGUAGCCGGAAUACAACGAUAUUUCGAUGAGAAUAGCAUUACCAAUGAGACCUACAAUGCCGACCCUUGGCAGAUCGCUACGGUCCUCAACGCUAUAGGGGAUCUCCUUGACAUUGUUUACGUCCUGGUCGAGGCUAAUGAUACCAAUACUCACAACACUCCCGAUCCCUUAGGCCUAUUCCGUCACUCAAUGUGCACCGCUCUGGUGAAGGUCGCACCAGAUUUUACUGAUCUCCGCCUCGGCCACUCCGCUUGGUUCACUUACGCCGCUACGAACAGAAUUUACAAGCACUACCAUAUGCAUUUCGAACAGAACAAGGCCGAGGUGCACCACAGAAUCAAUAUCGUGGCGCGCGAAAUGUCUCACCAGGUCAUGAGUUUCUCUUCCUAUGCGGGCUCCCAAAUGUCACUGGAUGAUUUCUAUCUGAUGAGUUCUGGUUUGGCCAUGAUACAGACAACGCUGUGGGUCCUCGACAAAGACACCCACAUGAAAAUCAAUCCUGAGGCCCUUCUAGCAUGGCAAAGAGUAAGGAUAGCCAAUCACUUGGCAACCGACGGAGCAUCGUGGUUCGAGCUAUACAAACCUCAUAAUAGUGGUACAUACAAUAACCAGUACAUGGUUAUUGACUUUAAUAAGUUCACACCUGGCCAACCGCUGAACGACGAUCUUCUUUGGGUUAUCGAGUCGAUCCCAGGUCUCACAGUCGGGGAGGAUCUCACCAGGGCUCUACGCUGGGGCUAUUGGGCAUCGUAUAAUUCCCCUUAUUUCCCUGAAGUCCGUCGCGCCGCUGGUUACGACGAAGCAUAUAAUAAAACGCACAACCCAUCGUUCACGUACGACCUCGCAGCUAGAGGGGAAAUCUUUCGACGAGACAGCCACUUGGCCUCGGUGACAUCAGAGGUGAUGGACUUAGCGGAGCUCAUCCGGAGUAACCGGUAUGAGAUCGAUCCUCUCUCAAAGCAUGACCCCACGCUAGCUCUCUGUGCUCGAGGAGACUUACCUGAUGACAACCCAAUAGCCAACGGUUGUUAUGAUACCAAGGCCACCAACUACACCUGGGGAUAUCAGCACAUGCGUAGUGUUGUUCAAGCUGGCCCGACUAUGUACGGGCCUGCCCUGAAACCCUUCCGAUGGGACGAGUACGAGAAGAGGGCUGGGCACACGCCAACUUCUCACCGAGGUUUACCCGAUGAAUACGAUUUCGGCUGGUUCGUUAUGGAGCCCAAGUACCCUUGGACUUUCAAGGGGAAAAUCAAACAACCCGAGAAGAUUACUUAUCAUGGUGAAUGGCGAGAGGUUCGACCAUCGAAAUACCAGUGGCCUCAGUGGCGAUGGGAGUGGGAUCCUCCUCACAGAGCUCACGAUACGCCGGCGGCAGCGGCUCUUGAAUACGCCAUUAUGCUAUGAAUGAUUUUCACAUGCAUUCACCAUCGUCGCGAUAACUCUACUGAGUGAUUGCAA